GUUAGUCAUUCGUACAUUGCACUAAAUAAAAAAGUGGUAGCUGCAAGCAAAAUACAGAAAAUGCCUAUGGGACGAAAGCGGAAGGGUGCUGAUUCACCAUCUGCAUCACAAACAGCUCAAGAAGAGGCUUUCACAAAGAAGUCAUGGACUGAAGAUCUUACGUUGGUGGUUGAAGGCAAGAAGAUGUAUGUCUCAAAAGCUGUGUUAGCUCUUGCAUCACCUGUCUUCACAAGAAUGUUCGAGUCUGACUUUGCGGAGAAGAACAAGGAAGAAAUAGAAUUAAAGAACAAGAAAUACGUAGACGUAGUUGAAUUCCUGCAGAGUAUCUAUCCCAGUACAAGAAAGCCUGUUACAAUAGAAAAUGUUUUCCAGAUUUUACCAUUGGCGGAUGAAUAUCAAGUAGAAUCACUUAAAAAAGACUGUGAGCAGUGUCUUCUCUCAGAACUUACAGUGAGAUUCGGAUAUAAAUGUUGUGUUUCGAUUUGCCGUUACCUACAACAAGCAGCUUUGUAUGGCCUUGAAAAGCUGGAAGAGAAAUGUAUUGAAGUGUUACGUGAUAAACCUCAGAGGGACAUAGAUACUGGAGAAAAUGCAUAUCCUCUACCACUAGAGUGCAAGAACAAACUGCUGAUAAGAAUAAACAUGCAGCUGGAAGAGAACCUGAAAAUUGCUAACGAGAAAAUUGAGCAGCUGAAAAAAGAGAAACGGAACUUGAAAACUGACCUUGAACUUUAUAAGAGCAAUUAUUUUGAGAAGGAGCUAAAAAGGAGGGAAGAUUUCUUUGACAAAGAAGAAGACUUGGCAGUCCAAGGAAUAAUAAAGUUAGAAAUAGAGAAUGUAAGCGCAAUGGACAGUAUGAAGUGUAGUAAACCAAAGAAAUUGAGAGAUGUUGAGUGGACCCUGAAGGCUGAAAAAUUUGUCGAGGAUGGAAAAACUUACUUGUCAGCCUGGGUGUCAUUUGAGCCAGAUCGUCCUCACAUGAUGUGCUUUGCUGAUGGAACUUUCACACUGAUAGCGAAGGAUAAGAAGAAUUUGGAGUGGUUCUUGAAAGACGUGACAUUCUCAUCUGUUAGUUUCACCUGGGGUUGUCAGAAACUAAUUGAAUGGAAGGACUUUAUUGAUCCAGAAAAUGGUUAUGUUAAUGAUGAUAAAGCCUCCCUGCAAGUGUUUAUGAUGAUUCAUGACCCACAUGAAGCGUAAAAUAUUUCAUAACUUUGUUUUUAUAUGGACUAUUCUGACUUUAUGCUAAAAGAUCCUUACCUAUAUUUAUGUAAUAGGCUUUUCUAAUUUUCUCUUACAAUACUUGAAUGUUAGAUGGUUUCAUUUGGAUUUUAGUUGGAAGAGUCCAUUCAAGAAAAAAGAAGUGACAGUUUUCUUCAGAAGUCCUAAACAUUGUAUAGAAUUAUGAACAUGGAGGAAAAGAUGUUUAUAUUUUUGUUUGCUUGCUACUUGAUUUUGUUAAUGCUGUAUACAACAGUUUCCUGUACAUAGUCAUCUUGUCUACCUUUGAGUGGAGAGAGAAUACCUUUGUCCCAUCUUGUUUCAGGGAUAAAAUAUUCCAUAGGGAAGAACUUUUUCUAAAAUAGCAUGCACUUAAGUGAUGCCACAUAGUACUAGCACUAUGAUAUCACUGUAUACUAUAUAUAUAAUGCCAGGAAAUACGCAUUUAAUAUCUGUUUCCCAUUGUGGUUUAUUUUGAGAGUGAUAGGCAAGAAAAUUGAUCUUACAUGUCUGCCAGUGACAGUUGGCUUGUCAAUUAUGUUUCUUUUGAUGGGUAUAAGCCAAAUAUAUUGCUGUACUUUACAAAACAGUGUUAAAUAUUAAAGCUAAUAAUAAUAAUAUCGUAUUAUAUACUAGUAUGUGAACAAGAAAAAUCUAAUACAUUCAAGACUUGAUUAAUUUAUUAAACUUCUGGUUAGACCAAUGUUGGAACUGCAAUUUCUUUGAGUAGAAUUUCAGUAUGAUUUUUUUUGUAUUUUAUUAUUUUGAAAAGUUGUUUUUUAUUGUAUGAGAAUAUUUACCAUUAUUUCACCAUACUAAACAAAAUACAAACAUGAAUGAAAUAUAAACCAGUAUGAAAAUAUACAUCAGUCUGUGACCAAGUUGAAUAAAAAGCUGGCAAGAAUGAGAAUAUAUUAUGGUCUUUGACCAAGUUGACGAAGUACAGUUGUGAAUGAGAAUAUAUACCAGACUUUGUGACCCAACUGAACAAAAUACCAUAAUGUAUGAGAAUAUUUACCAGACUUUGUGACCAAAUUGAACAAAGUACAGUAAUGUAUGAGAAUAAAUACCAGACUUUGUGACCAAAUUGAACGAAAUACAGUAAUGUAUGAGAAUAUAUACCAGACUUUGUGACCAAAUUGAACAAAAUACAGUUAUGUAUGAGAAUAUAUACCAGACUUUGUGACCAAGUUGAACAAAAUACAGUUAUGUAUGAGAAUAUAUACCAGACUUUGUGACCAAGUUGAACAAAAUACAGUAAUGUAUGAGAAUAUAUACCAGACUUUGUGACCAAACUGAACAAAAUACAGUAAUGUAUGAGAAUAUAUACCAGACUUUGUGACCUAACUGAACAAAAUACAGUAAUGUAUGAGAAUAUAUACCAGUCUUUGUGACCUAACUGAACAAAAUACAGUAAUGUAUGAGAAAAUAUACCAGACUUUGUGACCAAACUGAACAAAAUACAGUCAUGUAUGUGAAUAAAUACCAAUGUGAAUAAAUACCAGUCCACAACUGAGUUGAAUAAAAUAAAGUCAAAAUCUCAUGGCCAAUAAACAGCUGAUUAAACCAGUCUAGUAACAACAUUUCAGUAAUAUAGUCUUAUUUUGUAUUCAUGUUGUUUUAUAGCGAUUGCAUUGGUUCAGAAAAGUCUGAGCCACUAAGUUGUAACUAUAUGUAUAAUUUGUUUAUCAUAAAGUGUAUCUUGUAGCUGUAGGAAGAGGUUACGGUUUCCAAUCAAGAGGUUGUUAUCCCCAGUCAUUCCAUAAAACAAGAGUGAAAUCAUUCUUAUUUGUUAUGUACUAAUUUUCUUGAAUUUCUUUGCUUGGUCGGUCAACAAAAUUAAAUGCAAACAUGAAUAAAAGUUGCAUUCAAUUUAUAUUGAAAUCCAUGAAUUCAUAUCGCCACAACACCGCGGUGGCCAAAACCACAAAAUUUUGUGCUAACAAAAUUAUAAGGACUUCGCAGUAUCACAAGUGUUUGGACUUUGUUCAAAAUAUUUUUCUGGUUACCAUGGUUAUAGAUAUUUAACAGUAGAGUGUCUGCAUGAUUUAUUAGCUGUGCAUGAUGCAUUCCUUAAGUGACAUGGAAGGAUUACAAGGUAGACAAGGGAUGGGGUGGACAAUCUGCAUAUCUAAUCAACCCAUAACUACUAAAUAAGUUAAUUAACCAACUUGAAUACUGCUGAAAAAUGAUUUAAUUGGUUAUAACCAUUAAUUUCACUUAAAAGUGCUUUAAAUGUGUAUGCUGUUAAUUUAUAGUUGAUGACAAAAUAACCAGGUCAAUACUAUAAAAAAACAAAAAACUUGAAUGUUCUAUGUAUUUUACACCUGUUUAUAAGUGCUUACAAAGAUGUGCUUACAUGUGAGAUAGAAACAGAAAUUUUUGUAACUGUAUUCUGUUAAUUUGUAGUCUUGAAAAAUACUGCAUAAUUUUAACAGUUUUAUAUAUGUAAACUUUGUAUUUCGUAUCAAUAUGAUGUUAUUUUUGAACAAACAUUCAUUUUUAUAAAUUACUUUGUUUUUUCUGAUAAUGUCAGUGUGGUACAUGGUUUUGCUUUUGAAUCAUUUUACAACAUUUAUACCUAUUUGUCAUUUAAAGAAAAUAAAACCACUUCCUAUCAUA